AUGUCCAAACUCCACAAAAUUGGCCUUUACGCUCUUGUAGGCGGUUUGAUUUUUGCUGACAUCUUCUUGCGGGUAUCCAAAAUGGGAAUCUUUGCCUGUUGUCUCAUCCUCUUGCAGUUGAAGAGGUCGAUCGCUAUAGUGGGUGGUUUCAUGGAGACCAUCGCUGAGAGCUUCAUUGAUUUGUUACUUACCUUGGCAGCAUUCAUGCUUCUGGUUAUCGAAGAGCUCCAAGGGCCUGAAAUACACCAAAAGUCUGAACUCCACAAGAAAUACAGUUCUUUAGUUGCCGGGGUCCUGGAAGAUAUCUUCAAGAACUUGGAGGAACAGAACUUGGGCCGUCCAGAGAACGAAGGCGACAGCAUCAAUGCCACGUCUAAGCACCGGUUCCUGAGCGCCCUCCAGCACUACUUCCAAAGAAGGGAUCGUGAUGCCUUUGCUACAGUUGUAUAG